CUGUAGCUGUAAUGAUCCUCAGACUGAGCGGGUCUGCGCAGCCGCAGCUCAGCUCUCUCACUCUGUACCUGGAGCCGCUCAGGCACAGACGCCCCAACAUUCACACUGUGUUUUGUGUUUUACUGUGAAUUCAUGAAUAACUCAGUUCCAGCUCUCAGAAGAACACCUGGAGCUCAUGGCGAUGCUCUCUGUGGACAAUUCAGAACUGCUUCAUUGAGAGAUUCCAGCAGCUUGGAUUUAAUUUUCCAAAAUUGUCCAUGGAUUUCUUUAAUGGGUCGCUAGACAACUCAUCUGUGCUCACCUUCAACUUCUCUGCACAGCUUACAGAUAACAAGACAACACAGUAUGAUGUCAUCCUCUUACCCAGUAUCUUUGGUAUCAUCUGCUUCUUGGGCAUUGUGGGCAACUGCCUCGUCAUGUACACCAUCAUGAAGAGGACCAAGUGCAGUGCCAAGCAGACUGUCCCAGACAUCUUCAUCUUCAGCCUCUCUAUAGUGGACCUUCUCUUCCUCCUGGGGAUGCCUUUACUAAUCCACCAGCUGCUGGGAGAGGGCUCCUGGUGCUUCGGAAGCAUCCUGUGCACGGUCAUCACCACUCUGGACUCCAACAGUCAGACAGUCAGCACCUACAUCCUGACGGUGAUGACUCUGGACCGCUACGUUGCUACGGUGCACCCAAUCCGCUUCAAUCACAUCCGGACACCACGGGUCGCUGUGGCGAUGGUUGUGAUAGUGUGGCUUCUCUCGGUCAUCUCCGUAACACCGCUAUUUCUGUACACGAGACUCAUGCCUCUACCAGGUGGACGGGUUGGUUGCGCCCUCCUGCUUCCAAACCCUUCCAUCGACAUCUACUGGUUUACGCUCUACCAAUUCGUGCUAGUGUUCGCCUUGCCGCUCGCCAUCAUCUGCUUGGUUUUCUUCAAGAUCCUGCAGCACAUGUCCACCAACAUCGCCCCGCUGCCACCCAGGAGCCUUCAGGUGCGCACCAAGAAGGUGACCCGCAUGGCUGUGGCCAUCUGCUCGGCCUUCUUCACCUGCUGGGCUCCUUACUACAUCCUGCAGCUGGUUCAUCUGGGCAUCCGGCAGCCCAGCCCAACCUUCUACUACACCUACAACAUAGCCAUUAGCAUGGGCUACGCUAACAGCUGUAUUAGCCCCUUCCUCUACAUUCUGCUCAGCGACAACUUCAAGAGGCAGCUCAUCGUGGCCGUCCAGCCCGUGCACAAGCGGUUUCGAGUCAACCCCAGCACCACAGAGGGCAGUGUCACGCUGAAUCUUGCUCCAGAUGGACGGAGGCACUCGCACUCAGAAGACACUGAAUAGUGAUUUGGAGCUUCAUCACAUUACAAUCUUGACUUGGAUUUUCAUCCAAAAAACUAAGGAAUUCAUCAAAUAUGUUUUAUGUAGGGACUACUUUUUUGACACAUUGUACCUUGCAUACAUCCCUCCAUCAUUUGAAUGAUAUGUAGACCUAAAAUCUUAAAAAAAAAAAGCUGACAUGCCAAAGUUAUGGUAUAGCAGUAUGGAAAUUAAUAAUAAAGUGUUACUUCAGGGGACAGCUAAGGAAUGCCCAAACUUGUAUAAGUUGUGAGAUGUUAUCUUAUGAGACAGACUGGACCCAGGCCAGUGCACUCAUGGCAAGGCAACAUGAAUGAUUAGAAUUCAAGCAAGACCAAGCAAGUGUGUUUCAGAUAGAUCGGACAUUUUGGCCAAAUCUCAUUUCACCCCUUUGGCCCCCAAUUACCUAGCCCUACCCCUCUGUUUAGUGCGUGCACGUCUCAGCUUUCCAAAAAUGGUAAUUAAUCUUAGUUCAUUUAUGGGUCGUCUGACCCAUCCCUGAUUAAAAUGUGUAGUCUUGUUCACUUUAUUGUUCCAAUUAACCAUCAUCUUCCUCCCAAACUGCAUUGCACUCCCAACACUUUCUUCUUCUGUGUGAAUAUACUAAAUUCUAACACACUGACUAUCAGGGUCACAUGAUUUACUAGAGUUGGGUUGAACCAAAGCUCAGUAGGGAGGGAGAUGUAAUUGUAAAUGAAAGAUAAAAUGACCCUUGUAUAGAAACACAGACCACAGAGGCCAUUUUAAACUGCUUUUAGUUGAACCUUUCCAGACAUAUGAUACAGAUUAGAAGAGGCAGAAGAACUGAACAUCAAAGGGCACACAAAGGUAAAAGAAUCAGCAGGAAAACACAUCAAUGUGCUUUGCAAGCACAGAUGAGAAGUGAAUAAUUAUUAACAGUGAGUUAAAUAAUACUACACACAUAUGGUAUAUACAUAAAAGGUACUGUGCCAUUUCUAUAGUACACUGUAUAUAAAUGGUGUGUAUAAAUAUGUAAUUUUACAUUGUAUAGAUGUAUAGAGUGUUGUGAAAAAGUUUUUGCCCCACUGCAGUUUUCUUUUUUGUCAUACAGAUAUUUUUUUUGAUUUUCAAACUAACUUUAAUAUCAGACAAAGAUAACCCGAGUAAAUAUAAAAAAAAUGGGGAGAAAAUGGGAAAAAAUAGAAAAAAAAAUAUAUAUAUAAAAUAUAUACAUAAAAAGCACUUUUUUAUGUGUAAAAAGUAUUUGCCCCCUAAACCUAAUAACUUGGUUGUGUCACCCGUGGAAGAAAUAACUGCACUUAAGCUUUACCGAUAAUUGUCAUUGCUUCUUUCACAUGUUUGUGGAGCAUGAAUGGCCUGUUUAAGAUCAUGCCACAUCAUCUUAAUCAGACUUCGACUAGACCACUCCAAACUCUUAAUUUUGUUUUUUAAGCCAUUCAGAGGUGGACCUGUUUGUGUUUUGGAUCAUUGUCCUGCUGCAGAACCCAAGUACACCUGAGCUUGAGGUCAUGAACAGAACAGAAUUUAUACUUUAGAAUUGUCUGGUAAACAGCAGAAUUCCUGGUUCCAUUUAUUACAGCAAGUUGUCCAGACCCUGAAGCAGCCCCACACCAUCACACUACCACAACUAUGUUUUACGUUCAGUAUGAUGUUCUGUUUCUGAAAUUUUCUUAGUUUUACGCCAGAUGUAACAGGACACACACCUUCCGAAAAGCUCCACUUUUGUCACAGCAGUCAAAAGAAUACUUUUUUCCAAAGUCCUGGGGAUCAUUAAGAUGUUUUUUGGUAAAUGUGAGAUGGGCUGUUUUUUUUUGUCAGCAGUGUUUUUUGACUCAUUAUAUUUGUCUCAUAUUAAAGUUUAUUUCGUAAUCUGAAAAAUGUAAAUAUGACAAUAAUGCAAAAACAAAAUCCGUAAGGGGGCAAAUCACACCACUUUUUUCACACCACUGUGUGUGUAUAUAUAUAUAUAUAUAUAUAUAUUGUUUCUGUUGCCAGUGAUAAAUUGUGGUGAGGCAAUUGAAAUAUUCAAACUCAAAUAUAUACUAAAAUAUUUCAUAUUUUAAUAAAACCCACUUGCAUUAGGUGUGUGAUGUAAUGUUAGUUUUCAUUAGACUAAAAUUAUAUGUAAUGCGAAAAGUUGCUGUAUUGCUGUAGGUAAUUGUUAAUAGUUAAUUUAUUUUACUAUGCCUUAUGUAUUGUUUUAAUUUAU